AUGGGUUCGCCCGAAGUUGUGGACGAGAAUGUUUGGCGCGAGAGGAGCUGGAAACGAACCUUCCAUGAACUGUCAGAAGAUUCCAGUCGGAGCACAUGGAUAAAGAACACACAGAUAUGCGUGUGCAUGGGUGAUGUGACGAAAGAAAUGACUGACUCAUUGUUGAUCAUGAAUACCAAUACACUGGAGCUGAAGAAAGGUGGUCAGUUGAACAAAGAUAUAGACCGCACUGCAGGUCCGUCUGUCCGUAAAGAGUGCAAGCGUAUCAUUUCCAGAGAUGGAGCGCAGCUCCCCGGCAACAUAGUAAUGACAGGAGCUGGGGAUCUCCCUUGUAAGAAUCUAAUACAUGUCAUCGCUUACCCAGGUUCUCCGCAGAUCCUGGACCUUCAGAUGGGUGUGAAAAUGGGCCUUAAGUUCGCAGAUGAAAGAGGAAUGGGUUCUAUAGUUCUGCCAGCGAUAGGCGUGGGGGCCAUGGGACUGUCACCAACAAACUCAGCCCGGGUUCUUACAAGGGCAAUUCUGAGCUUUCUUGAGUCGCCUCCACGGACAAUCAGAGAGAUAAGAAUUGUCCUAUUCAACGAAAGUCUGUUUUCGACGUUUCACGAUGAGAUGAAAAAUGAAUUCGCCCCCAUUCAAGCCCUUGAGGGCUUUUUCCCACUUUCUAUGCCCCCUAAGGAGGAAGACUGCAUAACUGCGAUGACUCCUCUGGAUGUCGCAUUUCAUGAAGGGUACGGAAACACUCCGCCGAUUGCGACGGCGGAGUUUCGAGUGUAUGGCAAAGACAAGAAGUGUGUUACCACUGUCAUGAACAGUUUACGUGGGAAGUUUGUGAAAUAUUGCACAGUCCAAAAAGUAACUCACCAAGAGGUGCCUCGUUUGAUUCAAAGCUGCUGGGCAUGGCUUCGACAUUUGGGAUCAAAACAUGACACGGACCUUAAGAAAGAUGAGCACAACAGUACUAUUGUUGUAAGCGGGAAUUGGGACGAUGUUUGUUUGGUUGUGAGUUGCAUUCGGCAGAAAAUCGAUCGGCUCAUUGAAAAUCAGCAAGAACUUGAAAAGCGUAAAUUGAUGGCGCAAUACGUGCAGUGGCACUAUGUUAUUCUUGACCGGGAGAUUGCUGUCAACGAGAAAGUCAGCUCAACGAUUGAAGAGGCUUGGACUAAGAAACAAGAUGGAGUUGCAUUCUGUAUGAGUAAUAACACUUACAAAGUGGACUUUAAGUCUAUGACCGUUGUGUCGAGUGACAUGAAAUAUCCACCCCUCCGGUUAAGUCGCAAGUUACACACAGAAACUGGUGUUGUCACUCCAGAUUCUUGGUCAACACAACCGUACUUCGCAGACGGAAAACCAGUCCCGGUCACCAUGUUUCCUUUGCCGGAGAUGGAGUACCAAAGCGUCGCCAACAUGUUUUACAGCACCGGUGGUGCUGGCACAAUAGUCCGCAUCGAUCGUGUCCAGAAUCCAUGUCUUUACACGCAGUACAUUACUUACAAGCAGGAUGUUGAGCAGAAAAACAGUCGAUCCGGUCGAAUUGUGAGGAACGAGUUGCAACUUUUUCACGGGACUAAAGGAUCGAACGUGAGCGCCAUUAACAGGCAUGGAUUUAAUAGAACCUUUGCUGGAACGACACAUGGAGCGGUCUUUGGUAAUGGGGUGUACUUCGCGUCUAGAGCUUCCUAUUCCAAGGGGUACACUGCCCCAGAUAGCAACGGACUGAGACACAUGUAUCUGGCUCGAGUCGUUGUGGGUUUCUAUACCCUGGGUCAGAGAGGGUUACUGGUACCUCCAGCUAUACCCUGCCAUGAACCAGAAGUUCUGUUUGAUUCUGUAGUGGACAACACGGAAAAUCCAACCGUAUUUGUUGUAUUUCGUGACGCGCAGUGCUAUCCGGAAUAUCUAAUUACUUUUAAAACAUAACCAAACCGUAACAUUAGUUCCCAUACUUCUUAAAAUUGCGUGACUAGCCAUUGCUGUUGCAUGACCUCAUCCAUUUCAAUGCAGUCAUAACGCAAUCUUCUACAAACGGUUGAAGCAAGUUCAGUUGUGUCGUGUUGUAUUGUCCCCCUAAAAGACAUGGAAAUUCCAAAGUUCAGAAUUGACGAUAGCCAUGGAACUUUUUCCCCUGUUUGGAGAAAUGAGCAGAAAGUGUCACUGUCAAUAAAUAAUCCCCUCAUUACCACAAUUUCAUGUUUUAAGAGAAUCAGAAUAUCAGGUGUAAACUUUAACCUUUAAGUAAUAAUGAUAAAGAAAAAACACAGGGUAUAGUAAAAAGAUAAUUCGUUAUUUAUAACUCAUGAAAAAAAUAAUUUUUAAUUUUUAAAAAUAUCAUUACUCAGUGAUUAUUAAUAAUUACAAAAGUUGAAAUAUUCCCCACUUUCACCAAAAAUGAGGUGAAUAAUUUUUUGUCAAUACAACGCAAAAACAAAAAAAAAAUGUUUCAGUUGUGUCGAUAUAUUAAAAGAGAGUCUGGAAACUUAACUCUUGAGAUGCACUUUUUUCUCUUCAGCCACUUGUUUGUGAAUAGGGCAAGCUAAUCACUUCUGAACUGGCCAACCAGUGCUCUGUGUGGUAUAUGCUAAUUGAAAGAAUAAUAGUAUCAUAAUAUUUCACCAGCCCGCCUAGAUCAGUGUGGCUAUUUGCAGGGCAGUCCAAAUUAUGUGUUAAUGAAGAUUAAAAAGAAUAAAGAUGUUGUUGUAAGUUUUUAAUUCAACACUUUAACUUGCAUUUCAUUGGUCUAUUUCAGCAUAGAUUUUGAAUGGGUUGAGCUGUUCAGGGAGUAAGUUUUUUAACCAUUCAUCAUGACGAAAUUCGAUUUUAACCAAAUAUUCAGUGAAAAUAUACUUAACACAGACAGCUAUCUAUAGACUGUUCCAAUCCUUGUCUGUAUAUUAGACAUACUGUGCAACUUCGGCCUUUCAUUACUGGAUUUGUUUCAUAGUUAUAACUGAGGACCAUCUAAAAAUAUACAUAAACAAAACCAACUGGUAUGCCUUCGUCGUGUUUCAAGCAUAAUUUAUCUGGUAAAUAUUUAAUUUGAAUGAAUAUACACAUAAAAAAAACAUGCCUAAAUAUGUUGCAUAAUCAGCAAUUCACGCCGCCAUUUAGAUUUAUCACAACAGAAUCGUUGCUAAUUAGUGUAUAUUGUAGUGUGACCGUAAUUAUAUGCAAAUUGCCCGCAGGUAUAAAACACGUGAAUUUUGACUCCACAUUUUAUUAUUACUUGGAUUGGUGUGUGCGCGAAUAAAGAAUCUUGUGUUUUACAGAA